AUGGGUAAUCCAGAUAAUAAUAAAUUUUCCGAGAUAGUUGACAUAGUGAAAUCAUGGAUUCCGCGAAGGCCCGAGCACGUGUAUAUGUCCAGGAAUUUCUGGAUGCCCGACGAGAGCUGCAGAGUGUGCUACGAGUGUGAUUCCCAAUUCACUAUUUUUAACCGCAGACAUCACUGUCGACUGUGUGGACGGGUUUUUUGUGCCAGGUGCACUGGGAAUUCUGUUCCUGCCCCUGCCCUCUCUGAUGAACCCAGGAGUGGGAGGGAAGAUUCUGAUCGAGUUAGAGUUUGUAAUUACUGCUUCAAGCAACGGGAGCAAGGGUUGGCUACUGCCGGUAAUGUUAUGACUUCAUCAAGUCCGUCACUGAGUCCAUCUUCCUCUGCUACAAGUUUGGUCAGCACUCAAUCUAGUUGCCACUCUUGUAACAGCAACAGCAGUGCUGGUUCAGCUGCAUGUUCUACAGGGUCAUUCCAGCAUGUUACAUGUAGCGCUGGUCAGAGCUCUGAUCAUUCUGCUCAAAUGGAUUCAAAUUCAGUCAAGCAAGAUCUUGUAACAAGUCCUGAAAAUUUGAAAAAAGUUGAUGCAACGGAUAUUUUCUGUGACCAGUUUGGAUCACCCAGCAGGAGUGAUGACGAGGAAGAUGACUACUCUGUAUAUAGAUCACAUUCUGAAGUAAGCCCAUUAUCUCAUGCUGAUGUAUGUUAUGAUGCUGUUCACUAUGGAGAGAUUGAUCACAUCUAUGAGCCUCAUGAAGUGCAAGCUCAUAAGGAAAUUUCUGAUCCAACUCGUAUAAAUUCCAACCUGUUUCCUGAGAAUUUUGAGACACAGAGAUUGGAUGAAGUGGCAAGGGUUGGGGAAGAAGCAGCUAAACAGAAUAAUGGCAUUGAGUUGGGACAGCCUCCUUUAAAUCAUUUGAAUGGUACAGAUGUUGAACCUGUGAAUUAUGAACAUAAUGGUUUGCUUUGGUAUCCUCCAGAUCCUGAAGAUGAAGAGGAUACGAGAGAAGCGCUUCUGUUUGAUGAUGAUGAUAGUGGUCGUGAGGGUUCAACAGGAGAGUGGAGUUACUUAUGCUCAAGUAGCUUUGGUGGUGGGGAGUCCCGAAGUAGGGAUAGAUCAAAUGAGGAGCACCGGAAGGCCAUGAAAAAAAUAGUUGAUGGGCAUUUCAGAGCUUUAAUAACUCAACUUUUGCAGGUUGAGAACCUACCCAUAACUGAAAACGGUAUUCAGAAAAGUUGGCUAGAUAUUGUUACUGCAUUAUCCUGGGAAGCUGCUACUUCUUUAAAGCUGGAUUCAAGCAUGGAGGGAGGCAUGGAUCCUGGUGGAUAUGUGAAGGUUAAAUGCAUAGCUUGUGGACAUCGGAAUGACAGUAUGGUAGUUAAAGGGGUUGUUUGCAAGAAAAAUGUGGCUCAUCGGAGAAUGACUUCAAAAGUAGAUAAAGCACGACUAUUGCUGCUUGGUGGUGCCCUGGAGUACCAACGGGUUGCUAACCACUUGUCAAGUUUUGAUACUUUAUUGCAGCAGGAAAUGGACCAUUUGAAAAUGGCUGUUGCGAAGAUUGAUGCACACCAUGCCAAUGUUCUUUUGGUAGAAAAAACAGUAUCGCGAUAUGCACAAGAUUAUCUUCUUGCUAAAGACAUCUCUCUUGUUCUUAACAUCAAGAGACCACUUUUAGAGCGCAUAUCCCGCUGCACAGGUGCGGAUAUUGUUCCUUCAAUUGAUCAUCUUAAAGCACCGAAAUUAGGAUAUUGUGACUCAUUUCAUGUGGAGAGGUUCCUGGAAGAACAUGGAAAUGCUGGGAAAGGUCUAAAGAAUUCAACAAGGACACUAAUGUUUUUUGAAGGUUGCCCAAAGCCACUGGGAUGUACCAUUCUGCUUAAAGGUGCCAGUGGAGAUGAGUUGAAGAAAGUUAAGCAUGUCGUCCAAUAUGGUGUUUUUGCUGCUUAUCACUUAGCUUUAGAGACCUCUUUUCUCGCUGAUGAAGGCGCUUCGAUUCCAAAAUUCCCAUUGAAGUCUCCAAUGAAAAUUGCUUUGCCUGAUAAACCAUCAAAUAUUGAUAGGUCCAUUUUUGUCAUACCUGGAUUUUCUGUGCCUGCCAAGGAAAAGCCUCAAGGGCCUAAACCGCCUGACUAUCUAACGUUUCAAUCUGGAAAUGACCCAUUCCUAGAUACUACACAAUCAUCAAAAAUUAUUCCCAUCUCUGAGGCACAUUCUUCUCUUUCUGAAGCUUCUAGUGCUCAGAUUCUAAGUACCGAAUGUAUGCCGUAUCCUUUAAUGUGCGACUUCCCAGGUCCUCAGCAGGCCCAGUUCACUGCCAACCAUGCUUCUGUGGAGAAAAAUGGGACGACUCUCAAUGAAUAUUUUGUCACUAAAACAUCAUCAGAUCUUGUUGAUGAAAUGGCGAGUAAAGUUAACUUCGUUUGUAAUUGUUUGCUCAAUUCUGAGAAUUCAGGACAAAGUGCUAGUUGUUCUCAUGUAGAUGGAAACAAAUUGACUUCAAAAUCUGGCACUUCAGAGUUAAUAUAUUCGGGACAGCAUAAUCUGCAUCAACUUCAGAAGAUAAGAUCUUUGAAAGAAGAGUUCCCUCCCUCACCUUCAGAUCAUCAGAGCAUUUUGGUCUCCUUGUCAACACGCUGUGUGUGGAAACGAGCUGUUUGCGAACGUGCUCAUCUCUUUCGCAUUAAAUACUAUGGAAGCUUUGAUAAGCCUUUGGGUCGGUUUCUUCUAGACCAUUUGUCUGAUCAGGGGUACCGAUGCCGCUCGUGUGAAAUGCCAUCAGAAGCACAUGUUCAUUGCUAUACCCAUCAACUAGGCAGCCUUACCAUUUCUGUGAAGAAGCUUCUGGAAUUCCUCUUGCCAGGUGAACGAGAAGGAAAAAUUUGGAUGUGGCACCGUUGUCUACGGUGUCCUAGGACCAAUGGUUUCCCUCCUGCUACAAAAAGAGUGGUCAUGUCGGAUGCUGCUUGGUGUUUAUCUUUUGGGAAGUUUUUGGAACUCAGCUUUUCAAACCAUGCUUCUGCAAACAGGGUUGCAAGCUGUGGUCAUUCCCUGCAUAGAGAUUGCCUUCGGUUUUAUGGUUUGGGGAGGAUGGUUGCAUGUUUUCAAUAUGCACCAAUUGAUGUUCUCUCUGUCUACCUCCCACCGUCAAAGCUUGAAUUUAAUUAUGAUAAACAGGAGUGGAUACAGAAAGAAGUUGAUGAGGUUAGCCGAAGGGCAGACAUGCUCUUUUCUGAGGUGUUGGAAAUUCUUCAUCAGAUGUCAGCAAAAAACUCAAAUGAAUCCAGCAUGGAAGCACCUGAGUUAGGUCAACAGAUUUUAGAACUUGAAGUAAUGCUGCAGAAGGAGAAGGAAGAGUUUGAGGAAUCAUUACAUCACAUGCUUUAUAAGGUGGAUAAAUUUGGUCGGCCUGCAAUUGACAUUCUCGAGGUCAACCUAUUAAGAAGGCAGCUAGUUUUCCAUUCUUAUGUUUGGGACCAGCGGUUGAUACAUAUUUCUAGAUCUGAUGUACAGGGAUCAAAACUGAAGCAAAAGUUUGUCAAUUCAAGAGAGAGGCCUACAGAGAUAGAUGUGGCUUCCAUGGCUAGCAGAAGCUUCAGCAGCUGGGAUUCUUCUCAUUCUUCUCUUCCAAGUAUGCAACUUGAUAUGACGCCAACUCAGGUAGGAUAUAACCCAAAUACCUCACUUGAUGAGAUUCAUAGAGAGUUGGACGUAAAUCAAAUCCUGAAGCAUAGAAAAAAUGCUGAUGCUUCUUAUUCAUCUGAUACAAAUGCAAAUAAUCAGUCAGACAAGCAGAAAUCUGGAAAAACUGUGCGAAGGGCUCAAUCAUCAGGAGGAUUCACAGUGCUGGAAUCUUCAUCUGCUAAUUUAGUUCCUGCAUGGACUGGUGAUCGCCAGAAAGCAACUAUAGCUUCUAAGGAAAAUGGUAUUACACUUCCUGAUAUGCUCCCCAGAGUCUCCACUUCUGGCAAGAUAUCACCCGGGGAAGAAUCUGGUGUUGGGAACUGUACAAAUGAUCGAUCUGUGGCUGAAGUGACUCCUGGUAGUGGAUUUGCAUUAUCUGUUAUGGGGCUUGAUGAUCUCAAACAGCCUAGUAGUUGGAUGAGGAUUCCCUUUUUGACUUUGUAUUACUCAUUCAACAAAAAAUCUUCAAAUGCAUUUGAACUUGGUAAGAUUAGGGACUAUAAUCCUGCUUAUAUCUCAACAUUGCGAGAGUUGGUACGUCAAGGUGGCGUUAGGUUGCUGCUACCCAUGGUUUCUGAUGAAACUGUUGUGCCAGUUUUUGAUGAUGAGCCUACGAGCAUCAUUUCAUAUGCCCUUGUAUCCCCACAUUACCAAAAAUCCAUGUCAGGGGAACUUGGAAAACAGAAAAACUCUGUCGAGUCCUCAACUUCAUUAUCAUUUUUGGAGUUAGUGAAUUCACUUUCACUUCAAUCUUUCAGCGAGGCAGCAUCUGAAUCGCUACGGAGUCUUGCGUCUUCUGAUGAGAGCAUUUUAUCCAGUUUUGGUUCUCGGAGUUUCUCUGGUUUGGACCCCCUUUUAUUUACAAAUACUUUCCACACAAAAGUACCUUUUUCGGAUGAAGGUCCUCAGGGGAAGGUGAAAUAUUCAGUGACUUGUUACUUUGCAAAGCAAUUUGAGGCCUUGAGAAGGACUUGCUGCCCAAGCGAGUUAGAUUUCAUCCGCUCCCUUAGUCGCUGUAAGAAGUGGGGUGCACAGGGUGGAAAGAGCAAUGUCUUUUUUGCCAAGACAUUGGACGAUCGAUUUAUUAUCAAACAGGUGACAAAGACUGAGCUAGAGUCAUUCUUUAAAUUUGCACCAGAUUAUUUCAAGUAUUUAAAUGAAUCCAUAAAUACUGGAUGCCCCACUUGCCUGGCAAAGAUCUUAGGCAUCUAUCAGGUUACGUCAAAACAUCUUAACGGAGGGAAGGAAUUAAGAAUGGAUGUUUUGGUGAUGGAGAAUCUGAUUUUCAAGCGCAACAUUAAGCGACUAUAUGACCUCAAAGGAUCUUCUCGAUCACGGUAUAAUCCAGAUUCAAGUGGAAGUAACAAAGUUCUACUGGAUCAAAACCUGAUCGAGACAAUGCCAACUUCUCCAAUUUUCUUAGGAACAAAUGCAAAAAGGUUAUUGGAGAGAGCUGUGUGGAAUGACACUUCAUUUCUUGCUUCGAUAGAUGUGAUGGACUACUCACUGCUCGUUGGUGUGGACGAGGAAAAACAUGAGCUGGUGCUUGGUAUUAUUGAUUUCAUGAGGCAAUAUACAUGGGACAAGCAUCUUGAAACAUGGGUGAAGGCAUCAGGCAUUCUCGGAGGGCCCAAAAAUGCAUCUCCAACAGUAAUUUCUCCGAUGCAGUACAAGAAACGAUUUAGGAAAGCUAUGUCUGCUUAUUUUUUAUUGGUGCCUGAGCAAUGGUCUUCCUCAGUGAUCAUUCCAAGGCCAGCCCAAUUGGACCUAAGAGUAGAAGAAAAUUCACAAGAAGCGUCUAUAGAAUGA